AUAUAUUUAGUUUUAAAUUCGAUGUGUGGUUAAAAUGUGUGAUGUUUGUUCUGAUUUUCUUCAGCUUCUUGUAUCUUGUGAAUCUAAAGCUAAUAAUGAUGAGAUUGAAAAUACAUUACUUAAAAAAAAUGAAGUUGAUAUCGCUCUAUUAUACAUACAGACGUGGCCCCAAAGGCAGUGUAUGUGUUGUUACCGAGAUGUUAAAAAUUUUGAUAGGUUCAAUAUUAUAGUACAAAAUAUAAUAUGUUUGACAAUAUGUCAACUAAAAUUAAUAGAAGCACCAUUGCAGAAACAUAUUUUAGGACAGGAGCCAGAAUCAAAAUCUACUUUAGAAGAAAUAGAAGAUACUGAAAAUUGGACGCUUGGAGAAAUUGAGAAACUGCUUUUAUUACUAUCAAAAAUAUUUCUUUUAAACUUUCCUCUUUAUAUUGCAUACAAACAUGGAGUGCAUUCAAGAUUGGAUGAUUUAUCUCCACAAGAAAUUUCUCUUUUAAAUAAUUACUGUGAUCUUCAUGACAAUGAGAUACCAUUAUUUCUUCUGCGAAAUGUAGCAAUGUUUUGUAAAAAUGGUGGAAUAGGUGCAAUAGCUGCAUGCUUUGAUUUACCUGAUUUGCCUGUUAGCACAGCACACGCUUUAACGGCAGCAUUAUGUAACUUGAAGUUAUGGUUAAAUUAUCAUUCUAUUUUACAAUUAUUUGUUCCUAUUAGAAAUAAAGUUUUAAAAUAUAUGUGUCGGUUGUCCGAUCAGGAUUUGAGGUCGCCGACUACAAGAACAAUGGCCGAAUUUAUGUGGAGUGCUGUUAAAGAUCCAUUGGAUGCGAGGUUGGCAUUUGACCGAGAAGGUUUAGAACUGGCUUUUAAAUAUUUUACAAGUAGCACUCUUACAAUGAGACUUGGUGGUGUAGCUCAGAUAAAUGCUCAUAUCAAUAUGUUUAAUGAAAUUUGUGCUACUGAAACAGUAGCGGAGGCAGAAAAUGUUGGAAGACGUUUAUCAGAUUGGCUGACAGAAAAUAAUAUUAUAGAAUGCAUAUUUGGACCAAAUCUUCAUGCUGAGGUUGUGAAACAAAGUCAUAUAAUUUUAAACUUUCUUGCUGUGGAAGGAAAAAUAUCUGAACAACAUAUGGAUUUGAUAUGGCAAGCAGCUCAAUCAAAACAUUGCAGUAAACCAGUUCAUGAUUUAUUACCGUCACUUGUCAAAAACUUGGCUGCUGCGCCGGCUCUUCAUCUUUAUUCUCUCCUCUGUAGAUUGGAUGUGUCAGAGCACACAGAACAGAGUUUAUAUAUAGCUUCUGCACUUAUAAAGUUCAUCUGGUCACGAGGAGGAAAUAGUUUGCAUCAGGAUUAUUUAUCAGUUACUGGUCAUAAUCAAGAAGCGCAAUGCCCAUCAUCAAGUGAAAAUAGUGUCAGUGUGGAAGCUUCAAAUUCAGAAGAGGAGCCAGGAGUAGAUGUUGCAUUGAUGGCAGCUGAUGCAAGUCCUACAGCUGAUGAUGAAGAAGAAGAUGACGAUGAAGAAGAUGAUGAUGAAGAUGACGAUGAUGAUGAGGAAGACCUGGAACACAAAAAAGACUUGGAUACUAGUGAUGAUAGUUUGAAAUUGGAUUUAGAGGAUUGCAUAAAACAAGUGGCUUUAAAAGGUUGUGAUACAGCUUUGAUUGAUGAUAUUGAUAAUCCAACCUUGGAGUUGAUGCAAACAAGCAGUGAAGAAACCGAUAUCGUAAUAGCCACAAAUCCUAGGAAAAAAGUUUUGAGGAAAAGAAUCAAUUUGAAAGCCGUAUCUCAUAAACAAAAUGAUUCUGAAGAAGAAGAUGAGUUGGAGCACAAUCGAGAUAGUGCGACUGAUUGUGAAGAUGGUGCAACUACUCCAAUAAUGGUACAAUCAACGGGGCGAUUAGCAAUGACCCCAGACCAUGAUGAGGAUGCAGUAGCAUUGGAGAGACUUUCUAAUUUGGAUUCUUCACCUGCAGAAGCAUUAAGUAGACUUUCACAGGCCCACACCGUUUUUUUGAGUAACCUCUCCCACAGUCAUCUCCUGGACAUGCUCUCUGGCGGAGAGGAUGAAGAAGAAGGAGGUAGCUAUUCUUCAGCUAUGAGUAAUAAGAGUGAGAAAAACAUGGCAGAUUUUGAUGGAGAAGAGAGUCCAUGCGAAGAUGAACUGGCUCAACUAGCUGCUAGAUGUGCCUUUCAAACAAAUUGUGUUCCAAGUUUUACGUCAAUAUCUAGAGGCCGAUCUUGUGCACCGAGAGAACCACCUACUGUGCCGCCUUUUAAAAUUGCUGAUGUUUGCAAGCCAGGAAAUACUUUAUUAUGGGAUAUUCUGCAAGAUGAUAAAAUUAGUAAGCUGCCUUCAGGACUAGCAGUUGAAGCUGAAAAGGCUUUGUAUACUUUGUUGUGUUUUAGCACAGAAAGAGCAAUACGAAUGAAAUUUAUUGAAGGAUGUUUGCAGAAUUUAGCAAAUAAUUGGUCUGUUGUGAUAUCAUUGCGCUUACUGCCAAAAUUAUUAGCAUCAUUCCAACAGUUCAGGGCAAUGGAUUCGCAUCAAGUAACAUUAUGGGCGGAACGUCAACAUCAUAUGAUGCAUCAUUUCUUUAAUAACUUGGAAUACUACCGUAAGAGUAGACAGGAUGGUGAAAACUCUGAUCAAAUCAGUUCACCUUACACACAUCCUGUUCAAGUUCAAGUACGAUUACAAUUUUUAACGGCUGUGUUUAGUUCUACUGGAUCACCUGAAAAUUUUAGAUUAACUUUAGCGCAAGUUGAUAGCUUAUGGGAUUGGUUAGCAAAUGAUCAACAAUGUAGUGAUUGUUUAUUUUCAUGGAUGCAGUCACAGUGUCAAGGUGGAGAACAGCACGCACUAGGUGUUGCUGCUUUGAGGCAUUUAUAUUUGAUAAAACUGCCAACUCUACAACCUGAGGAUGUUAGCAUGGUUGCUUUAGGGUUGUUUCAACAAUUAUGCAGUCUUGCACGAUUUGCAGCUGUACAUAUGGACUCAGAAUCAUCAACAAAUCUUCCAAAACAGUCCACUACAUCAGGAUCGGAUGGAGAAAUAGCCUGCACUUCCCAUUUGUGGAAAAUUGCAUUAAGAGCAAGAAGCACUGAUGUUUCUGCUGCAGCCAUGCAGUAUCUAAAUGGAUAUUAUAUGGCUCGAAGACUACGUUUGGAAAGAGAAUUCGUAUCACAAUGUAUGUCUCAUCUAUCACAAGCCGAGAAAGAAUUGGUGCAGCAACAAUCUUCAGAUAACAAUUUAACUGUUGGAAGUGAAAAUGCUUUAUUAUGUAUUCAGAGGGCUCUAUUGUUAUUAAAUACACAUUUAGAAACGUUUAGACGCAGAUAUGCUUAUCAUUUACGACGUUGGGCUUUGGAAGGUGAAGGCGUAUCUAGCCACGUACCAUGGUCAGAUCGGGGUUGCUCUGGUUCACCAAUUAAAAUCUUUUUGCAACCAGGUGGUCUUAAAGAUAAAUCAUCCCUGAAGAUGCUUAGUUCUGAUUAUGUAGCUGAUCUCAGAGCAGAAAUAGCUCAGUGGUGGGAGCAGCUUAGGGGUUCAUCUAGCCCACAUGCAUUGAGGAUUAUAACUCAAGGUCAAGAAAUAUGUACAGAACAUGAUGAAAGAACUCUGCAAGAUGUGGGAUUUAAAGAUAAUCAAAUGGUUUAUGUUUCUGUUGGAGCUGGUGCGAGAGCAAAUUCUAACAGAGAAUCUCAAGAGUGCACUAGUUUGCAACCUCCUCCGCCUAAGGAUUCUCUUCCUACUCUUCUGUUACUUCAGCCAAGUUAUCUGGAGCAAUUGUUUAGAUUAAUGAAAACUCUUGGAGAAAUGAAAUCCAUUGGAAGAAAUGGGAGAACUAUUCCUCACAUCAAGGCACAAUUAUUAUCUCGCAGAGUAUGGGAUAUAUUAACACUGCUCCCGACCUCCCCUGAAUUGCAAAGAGGUUUUGAAGAAAUUGGAGCAGAAAAUCUUGAUCAAUUAGACUGUGAUGUUAACACAAAAUUGCAAACAUUAUUAGACCCUACAAAUCCUCAAAGAUUGAUGUACUCUUUGUAUGUUGUAGAAGGGUUGUGCAGAACAGGUGAAGAACAACUUGUUAAAGGCAACAGAAAGGAACUAAAAUUAAAUAGAGAAAAGCAUUGCAUAGAAAAUGAAGAUUGUAUGGAUGAGGAUGGUGAUAAAAAUGGAGCAAUUUCGCCUACAGAAGAGUUGUCAACAUCAUCAGCUUCAUGGCAGACUCAUUUUUGUAAUCGCGGAGGCUUGCGACACUUGUUUGGUAUUUUUUCAUCAGGUUUGUUACAACCUGGAGAAAAUGGAAAUGAUGGUGAAUGGACACAAGAUUGCUUGACAACUUUACUUAAACUACUAUGUGCUCUGGGAUUGGAAGGUGGAACCGACAGUAGCAAUUCAUCUGAUGCAGAAAAUAUGCUGAGUGUACCACUGUUAAAACCGGAAAUGCUGUCUAUGAUGACUAUAGAAAGCACCAUGCCUCGUUUGACUAGUAUAUUGGCUGAAGCAGCCUUUCCUCGAGAUCCAUUGCUUUAUAAGACUGGAUUUUGGGGUCGAGGACAAGUAGUACAUUACGCAAUGACACUAUUAGUGUCCUGGGUUCAUAGUUCAAAUGAGGUUCGAGCUGCAUUAUGGGAACAACCAGAACCUGGUCCUUGUACAUGGUUGCAAAAGCUGGUUUUAGACGAUCCUGAACCAAGAGUCAGACGUGAAGCAUGUGCUGCCCUAUAUAGAAUUUGUUUAAGAAUGGGUCAACUCUGUCCCGAUAUGACUGGACCUAUGUUAGAACAGUUGGUUGCAUCUUUGCCGAGAGCAGAAGGAAUGAGACCUGAUAAGGAGUUACUACUAAAUUCUACUGGAGAGGAAGGCAAAGAACCAUACGGCCCGGCGUGCAGAGAUUAUUUUUGGUUACUGUGUAGAUUAGUCGAUAGUUUACCAAUUGGAGAAUCUAAAGAUGGCGAUGCAGAAGUAAUGUUAGAUGUUUCUAGUGAUUUGCAACAGUUAGCACAGCAUUUAUCUUCUCUGAUACAAUCUCGGCCGAUACUAGAACCUCGUUAUGGAGGUAUUCAGGAUGACGGUCUCAUUGGGUUGUUAAAUCUGGCAGCAGCCGUUAUGAGGCACGAUCCACCUUUCAAGACUGGGCCAUCAGGUGCAGCCCUAGUUACUGCAGCUUUUGAUUGUUUAUUUGCACUGCCGACACCUAGGGAUAGGUUAUUACCAAAAUGUAAAUCCCAAGCAUCAAGAGCUGCGGCAUAUGAUCUUCUUGUCGAAUUAGUUAAAGGAGCUUCUUUCAAUUACGCACUUCUGCAUGGUCGUCUACUGGCACAACAUCGACCGGGGCCUGGUUCAUCUUUUCCCUGGGAUUAUUGGCCUAGAGAGGAAGGUCGGGCAGAGGCCGGUUAUGUGGGAUUAACAAAUUUGGGAGCCACUUGUUAUAUGGCUAGUUGUGUUCAGCAUUUGUAUAUGAUGCCUCAAGCCAGGGCAGCGAUUCUUGCUGCAACUGACAGACCCUUAAAACAUGCUCCAGCUUUGGCUGAAUUGAGAAGAAUGUUUGCUUAUUUAUUGGAAAGUGAACGUAAAGCAUAUAAUCCUCGAAGUUUUUGUAGAGUCUAUCAAAUGGACCACCAACCAUUGAACACUGGUGAACAAAAGGAUAUGGCAGAAUUUUUUAUUGAUCUAGUAUCAAAAAUGGAAGAAAUGACACCUGAACUCAAAAAGCUAGUCAAAAGAUUAUUUUGUGGGGUCUUGAGCAAUAAUGUUGUUUCAUUGGAUUGUGAGCAUGUUUCUAGAACACUAGAGGAGUUUUAUACAGUUCGAUGCCAAGUGGCUGACAUGAGGAAUCUUCAUGAGAGUUUAGCAGAAGUAACAGUGAAAGAUACCUUAGAUGGUGAUAAUAUGUAUACUUGUUCACAAUGUGGAAGAAAAGUUAGGGCUGAAAAACGGGCGUGUUUCAAGAAAUUACCUCACAUUUUAUGUUUUAACACAAUGCGAUACACAUUCAAUAUGUUGACGAUGCUUAAAGAAAAAGUGAAUACACAUUUUUCAUUUCCAUUACGACUGGACAUGUCUGGAUAUGUUGAAAAAGAACUGAUGCCACAGCAUUAUCAAGAAGAGAAAAAGAAGUCUGAAUUAAAUAAGUCUGAACCAAAGAAAAAUGAUUCUUCUGAAAAAAUUUCAGAUGAUGACCCAUGUGAUACUGAAGAUUUUAAUGAGCAUUAUGAGUACGACCUGGUUGGUGUGACGGUACAUACGGGAACUGCAGAUGGAGGACAUUAUUAUAGCUUUAUCAGAGAAAGGGGUGAUGCCAAUGUUACAGGGACCAAUAAUAAAAAUGAAUCUUCAUCGAGAUGGCUGCUUUUUAAUGACGCCGAAGUGAAAAUCUUUGAUCCUAGUCAGAUAGCUGCUGAGUGCUUUGGAGGGGAAAUGACGAGUAAAACUUAUGAUUCUGUGACUGAUAAAUAUUUGGAUUUUAGUUUUGAGAAAACAAAUAGUGCAUAUAUGUUGUUUUAUGAAUGGAGAUCUCAGGAUGGUAGUCAGAGUCAACGAGGUGAAGCUUCAGAAGUUUCGAUAGAAGCUCAGACCUCCACAACAUCCGAAGCUUCAACAUCUGAAACAACAAGUGAACAGUGUCAUACACCAAUGCAACAAGUUAGAGAAGCUAUUACAUUAGAUUUAUCACCUGAGCUUGAAGAGUGGAUUUGGCAAGAUAAUCAACAUUUUUUGCAAGACAGAAAUAUUUUUGAGCAUACUUAUUUUAAUUUUAUGUGGCAAAUUUGUGGCCAUGUUCCUCAGACGCUCAUCACUGAACAACCGGAUAUAACGUGUUUGGCUGCUCAACUUUCAACAUCAUUUUUUAUUGAAACAUUCAUUCAUGCAAAGGAAAAGCCAACUAUGGUACAAUGGGUUGAGCUACUUACAAAACAAUUCAAUGGCUCUGAACCAGCUUGUGAAUGGUUUUUGGAACAAAUGUGUUCUGAGCCCUGGUGGCCUCUACAAGUUCUCAUUCAAUGUCCGAAUCAAAUGGUUCGACAAAUGUUUCAAAGGCUAUGUAUACAUGUUAUCCAAAGAUUGAGACAAUCACAUUUUCAAUUAUACCUAAAGGGUGAAGAAGAUGAAAAUGCUUUACCCGAAGAAAGUCUAGGUGGCAAAUCAUGUGUUACAAGAUUUAUUAGAUCACUCAUUUCAUUGAUGGAACAUGGAGCCAGGGCACAUUUGCGUCACCUUUCAGAAUAUUUUGGUUUAUUAUUAGAAUUUUCCCGAAUGGGAGAUGAGGAAUCUGCAUUUUUACUACGGAUUGGCGUCAUACAUUGUGUAGUCGAAUUUUAUCUCGGACAAAAAUCACAACAAGAAACUCAGGAGCAAUCCGGUGGUUCUGAUAGCGAGGAGCAGCCUGCGUCCACCACUCCUGUAGGCACUGUUGGCGCUUCAGUUGGGCCGGGUUCUUUAGGAUGCUCAUCCGUAGGGCUUUGCAAUGACAAACCACGCCCUGCUUCUUUAGAUAAAAUGGUUGCAUUAGUAGCAAGCUUGGUUGAAAAAUCACGGGGACCAGAUCAUAAUCUUCAGCUAAGCAAUAGAGACUUUAGCGCGAUAGCCGGUGGAAAGGGUUUUCCAUUUCUAUAUCAGCAAAUAAGGGAUGGAUUGAAUCCUCAGCAUACACGCUUAUUAGUGCAUGCAUUAUGUCGUUAUAAUGAAAGACUUGCAACGCAAAUAGUUGCCAUGAUGUUUCAUUCCAUAACUAAACAUGCAGAGUUAUGUGCACCGUUUUUUAAACUGCUGACCCUUCUAACGGAUGCAUCUGCUGGUCCUUCGGGGCUCCCAUGUUUCAGCAAUUUGGCUCUGCAACGUGUGUGGGAUGCAGCAGAGUUUUGUCCUCAUAGUGCUUUAGAAUGGCUUGCGGUGCAGGCUCCAAGGAAUAAAAUGGCACAUGCUUGGGUUUUACAAAGUGCAGAUUGCUGGGUUGAGCAUUUUCUUAUAGCUCAUAAUAAUCAAAGGGUUAGAUCAGCUGCUGCGUAUUUGCUAGUUUCUCUAGUGCCACAUUUGCCCUUCAGGCAAGCCUACCAUGGAACUCGUAUAGCAUCCACAGCUGCAACUGUAGCCACAACUGUGGCUCAACAGCAAUUGCAACAACAAGCUAUUCGAGAAUUGCCAUCAGAAGCUACAGCUGUGCAGAGGCAAGUGUUGGGUUUGCUUUUGCGGUUACUAAGACCAGCUAGACAUUAUGCUGAUGUACCCUCGCAUGGAACAUUAAAACUUACAUCUUAUUUUACACUGAUGACGUAUUUUGCUAGCGGCAGGACAGAAAAAUUGAUGGUUGGACCUCAUAUAAGAGCUCUAUGGGACUUGUUUCAUCCGAGAUUAUCAGAACCCAGUGUUGCAGCUCAUCAUAAUAAACAGGCAUUACUAGUGUUUUGGCACCACAUAACAGUUGACUGUCCAGAAAAUGCUCAAAUAGUUGUACAAAAUGUUGAUAUCACGAGAAACAUAGCAUUUAAUUAUAUUUUGGCUGAUCAUGAUGACCAUGAUGUUGUUAUGUUUAAUCGAUCCAUGCUGCCAGCUUAUUAUGGAUUAUUAAGAAUGUGUUGUGAGCAAAGUCGCAAAUUAACUAGACAGCUAGCUGCGCAUCAAAAUUUACAAUGGGCUUUUAAAAAUAUUACGCCGCAUCCGACACAGUAUACAGCAGCAGUGGAGGAGUUAUUCAAAUUGAUGGCUCUAUUUGGAGCACGUAGUCCUGAAGCAACUGAAGGGGAAUUACGCGAAGUGACCGCUUUCAGACGGGGUACGUUGGCAGCGUAUUUGGCGGGUUUGGACGCUCGAGGUAGCUGGGGCACUUUAAAUACGGCCCUGCGUACGCUAGCCGACACUGAUGAAGAAAAGCUGUAUGUGUUGCAGAGCGGCGGCCUCAGUUUGGUGCUAGAUGCUCUCCACAAUUUGCAUGUCAUGUAUCAUGAGGCAACAGCGUGUCAUGUUUCUGAAGAUUUGACAGAGCUUUUGACUGAAACUUUUGGGCUGAUAAAUUGUCUGAGAAGGCAUAAGGAGCAUCGAGAGUGCAGGGCAACACUCGUAACGUGCAAUAAGCCGUUGGUCGACCUAACAAGAAGAUUGGCUACGUUGCUAAAUACGUUCAAUCCGCCAGAAAUGCGACAAGUUUCUAUAGAAAUGUUAUGUGAGCUGAUGCAUCUAUUACCUGAUGAAACUCGUACAGUUUUACUUCAGUUGCUAUCACAUUCUCACAACUCAUUCCACACAAAUGGUACUUCAUCAUCUUCUUGCAAUGAGCGACCAGCUGCUUCAGGCUCAGGAUCAUCAUCAUCCAAUGCUUUUCCUCUGGGACCGUAUUUUCCAAGAAGGGGCUCUCGCGGUGGUCUGUUGCAGCAUGCCCAUGGUAAAAACUCUCCGAGGCCACCUAGGCCUGUGCUUCAAAUGUAUGUGCCCCAUACACAGAUACAAAGCCCUAAGGGAGUGGAUGUUGAAUAUGACGCAGCUCUAGCUUCAUUUUAUCGUCCAUAUCACGAAUUUGUUGAUCAGAUGUUGCGUGGAGUACCAGGAAGAAACUUAACAAUAAAUUCACAUGCUGAACAUGUUAUAACAUUAAGUGCUAUGACCGGUUACGAAGCUGCACCAUUGCAUUUUAAUUAUUUUCCAGCUCUCUGGAUAGAUGCUUUGGAGGCACACAAUAAUAACGAAGAAGGUUUGCUAGCAAUGAUAGGUGGCAAUGCAGAAAUGUUAGCUGAUAGUAUUUAUCUAGGAGAAUAUGUAGACUGUAUUUUGUUAGAUGAACGAGUAUCACUAACUGAUCCUAAAAUAUGGGAAUUCAUGCAGACAUUUUUUCCGAAGAUUUCAAUACGCGUUUUGACUCCUCAGACAUGUCGUCUUAUAGAAAAUUUGUGUACAACGUUAUCAGAUAAUGUAUCCCGUGUAGAUCUGCAGACUGGUGCUCGGAGACUUCGCGGUGAUGUUAGGGCUUUACAUUUAGUUUUAAAAUAUAAACCAACUAGUUCUGUUAAUAAUAGGGGUUUGCAAACCCCAUCAAGUUUGCAGAACGCUCUCGAAAGACUGAAACAAAGAGCUAUGACUGAAUUGGUUCAACAAGAAGAUGAAACUCCCACAAAAAAGCGUAAACUAAAUAAUAAAGAAUCUGAUGAUAAUGAAGAACAAUCUGAAGUAACAUCAAGCAAAGCCAUUUUAGAAGCAGUGAAAUCCAUAACAGAGUUUACAUCAGAAUCACCAUCAGAUGACACUCCGAAUACCUCAACUGAUUUAAAUAUAUCAGAUAUUUCAAAUGAAGAUAAAUCAGAAACUGCUGGUAACAGUACUUUAGCUGAUGACACAAGUGUAUCGGACAUGGCCAAUACUUCACAGUUAAAAUUAUUAGAAAUCGAUAUAGAUGAGGUGUUGCACCUUAUAAUGGUUGAAUAGGUGAUUAUAAAUUAUAUAUAU